GGGCGCCGCACCGCUAUGCUGAAGCUAGUCCGGGCCGGGGCGCGGGCGUGGGCUCGGGCUCGACCCGCCGGCUGCCGGGGCCUGAGCUCGCUGGCGGAAGAGGCAGCGCCGCUGCCGGCGGUGGAGCCUGAACCGGUGAGGAAUGCAGGUUCCCUGACACCUGUGCUGCGCAGGUGCGAGCUCCCAGUACCCGCGAACCGGCGCCCCGUGCAGGCCUGGGUUGAGUCCCUGCAGGGCUUCGAUCAGGAGCGAGUGGGCCUGGCCGACCUGCACCCGGACGUCUUCGCCACGGCGCCCAGGCUGGACAUUUUGCACCAGGUCGCUAUCUGGCAGAGGAACUUCAGGAGAAUCAGCUAUGCCAAGACCAAGACGAGGGCAGAGGUGCAGGGCGGCGGCCGGAAGCCAUGGCCGCAGAAGGGCAGCGGGCGUGCCCGGCAUGGCAGCAUCCGGUCCCCACUCUGGCGCGGAGGAGGCGUUGCCCACGGCCCCCGGGGCCCCACCAGUUAUUACUACAUGCUGCCCAUGAAGGUGCGCGUGCAGGGCCUGAAGGUGGCGCUGACGGUCAAGCUGGCCCAGGACCACCUGCACAUCGUGGACUCCCUGGAGCUGCCGACCCCAGACCCCCAGUACCUGGCAGAGCUGGCCCAGUACCGCCACUGGGGGGACUCCGUGCUGCUGGUGGACUGGGCCCACGAGGAUAUGCCACAGAACAUGGUGUCGGCUGCUUCUGGCCUGAAAACCUUCAACCUGAUCCCGGCUGUGGGCCUGAACGUGUACAGCAUGCUCAAGCACCAGACGCUGGUCCUGACGCUGCGCACUGUCGCCUUCCUCGAGGACAAGCUGCUGUGGCACGAUUCGCGCUACACGCCGCUCUACCCCUUCCGCCUGCCCUACCGCCCCAGCCCUGAACCACCAGGCCCAGCAGGGCAGCCCUGCCAGGCGCCCCCGCCGGCUCCUGGCUCCUCGUCCGUUUUACAGAAAUAAAUGGUACUUUUUAACCAG